AUGUUCCCUACGAUGAUAUCUUUGCUUUUAAUCUUUUCAAAGCUGCUGCCACUCCAGCAAUCAUAUUCCAUUGAGUUCAUAUUAUCGUCAUCUUUGGAUCGGUAUAGGUCAUCUAUUGCAUCUUUAGCUAAUGUAAAGAACAGUAGAAUUGCUAAUGGUACAAUGGUACUUCAAGAGUCUGUAGGGUUCAGGUUGAGUGGAAUCAGCUGGAAUACAGAAACCAAGAGAAAUCAGAUGUUCGAUGUCCUUUGAAAUUGCUCGAAUAAGUUUUUAGGAAGAAUUGAAUAUUUAGUGUAA